AUGGUUUCGAAAUAUUGGAUGGAUUCUGCGAAUCUGGAGCCCAGUUCAUCAAAGCGCGCGGCUGUGGUGCUCGACUGUGAAUUCGCUCAUAAAGAUAACUCGCGGCAUGUUGCACGUAUUGCAGCCGUCGAUGCACUCACGGCUGAGACACUCUUUGACUUCCUGGUUCACCCCGAGGAUAUUGAUGGAUACUGGGAGCAAGAAUAUGCAAAGUGGAAACGCUCAGAUAUGGAUCCAGCCGUCGCUACUGGCGUAGUCCUGGACGGCGUGUACGGAGCGCUUCUGGCACUGACAGAUUUCAUUGACUCCAAUACUAUUAUUCUGGGACACUCUGUGCAUCAUGAUCUCAAUGCCUUGCGGCUUGUGCAUCGCAGGGUUGUUGACUCCCAGAUCUUGAUAUCGGAACGAAUAACGCAAUGGAACAACAGGAUUCGCUCGGUCGGUAUAGGACUUCAGGUAUUGUGUAAAAACCUGAUCGGUAUUAAAGUGCAAGUCGGGUCUGAGUCUCAUCAUUCGCCCGUGGAAGACUCACUUGCUGCUCGAGAAGCUAUCUUGGCACUCCUCUUCAAGCCAGAGUAUCUAGAGAGAUGGAGGGUCAAGAUUCAGCGGGAUGAGGCUAAACAGGAAGUCAUGCGUAAGAAAUUCGGGGGUUCCGCGAGGGUUGGAUUCAAACACAUGGAUUCGAGGAGCAAAAAGAAUACCGGCUUCGAGGCGUCUCUUCCGGCGAAGAAACAGCAGAAAUCUGCUGGCUCCUCCCAGACGAAGAAUCAAGUCAAGCAAAACAGUCAGGUCACACAGAAGGAACGAGUAAAACAAGAAGGUCCCAAAACACGAAAAGGACGUCCCAAACAACAGGGUUUAGGAAGACACAAGGGCGAGGUCCAGGUGAAAGGCCAGCCGAACAAGGCAACAGGACAGCCGAACGUACACAUGUCGAAGGAUGAGAGGCAUGCGGCGAAGAAAGCUGCAAAACUGGAAGUGAAUCUUGAGAACCGUCGACUGAGGAAGCUGGCUCGCGAGAAGAAACGUGAAGCCAUGAAGGAGAAGAAUCAAAGGGUUGCAAUCUAG